AUCAUUACUCCAAACAUCUUUGCGGGCCCAGUUGUCUGAUUCUGGUUCUUCUUCCUCUUCAUCUUCCUCUUCCUAGCGAGCGAUUGAUCAACCCACCUUACGACCGGAAAAUUCUUCUGUUUGCGAGCGAAUACGUAUUGAAGCUGGCUGGAUUCUCUGAAUAAAUCAUCUUACGAUUAUGAACGAGGAAGGCCGCAUCCCGCACCUCCCUGAUGGUAUCAAACAAAAGUCUAUAGAUCAAAGACCCCCUCUUCUCGGGGAGCCUAUAUGUGUUAUCUGCGGUCGUUACGGUGAGUACAUUUGUGACGAGAGCAAUGAUGACAUCUGCAGCCUCCAGUGUAAGCAAACUGUCUUGACAAGGGUUGACAACACUAGAGUGUUUCCUGCCACAGAUGAGUGUUUCUAUGUUAGAGAACCAGGAUCUUCUUUCACCGAUGCUCAACUGCUUAGAAGCAAGCUUGACAUUCAUGUCCAAGGAGCACUAGUCCCUCCUCCUGUCUUGACUUUCAGUUCAUGUGGCCUUCCUCCUAAGCUUCUUCUCAACUUAGAAACGGCUGGAUAUGACUUUCCCACUCCUAUCCAGAUGCAAGCAAUUCCAGCUGCAUUAAGCGGCAAAAGUCUGCUCGCUUCAGCAGACACAGGCUCCGGGAAGACGGCUUCAUUUCUUGUUCCUAUUGUUUCUCGUUGUACAAGGUAUCGCUCUGAGCAUCCCUCAGACCAAAAGAGCCCAUUGGCUAUGGUUUUGGCUCCGACUAGAGAGCUCUGCGUCCAAGUUGAAUAUCAGGCAAAGAUGCUCGGAAAGGGACUGCCAUUUAAGACUGCACUCGUUGUUGGUGGUGAUCCCAUGUCUGGACAACUCUACCGCAUUCAGCAAGGUGUGGAAUUAAUCAUUGGUACCCCAGGUCGGUUUGUGGACCUUCUAACAAAGCACGCCAUCAAAUUAGAUAGUAUUACGAUGUUUGUGCUGGACGAGGUUGACUGCCUGCUUCAGAGAGGCUUCAGGGAUCAGGUGAUGCAGAUAUUUUGGGCCUUACCGCAACCACAGGUCUUGCUGUUCUCUGCCACACUCUCAAGAGAGGUGGAGAAGGUGGGAGGGUCUCUAGCGAAGGAAAUGGUUUUGGUAACCAUCGGUAAAUCCAACAGACCUAACAAGGCUGUCAACCAAUUAGCUAUCUGGGUUGAUGCAAAGCAAAAGAAACAGAAGCUCUUUGAGAUACUUAGAAGUCAAAACCAUUUCAAGCCCCCAGCUGUUGUCUAUGUGAGUUCGAGAGUUGGAGCAGAUCUCUUGGCUAAUGCGAUAACUGUGGUCACCGGAAUAAAAGCUCUCUCGAUCCAUGGGGAGAAGCCAAUGAAGGAGAGAAGAGAUGUAAUGGGUUCGUUUUUGGGUGGAGAGGUGCCUGUUCUUGUAUCAACUGGAGUUCUAGGCCGAGGUGUUGACCUCUUGGUGGUAAGGCAGGUAAUAGUGUUUGACAUGCCUAAUACCAUCAAGGAGUACAUACAUGUAAUUGGCAGGGCCUCUAGGAUGGGGGACCAGGGCAGUGCCAUUUUGUUUGUGAAUGAGGACAGCAGAAAUCUAUUCCCUGAUUUGGCUGCGGCUUUAAAAAGUUGUGGAGCAGCCAUACCUAAGGAACUUAUCAAUUUUACAUCCAAGGAAAUGCACAACAAGAAGAGGAGGGUUGGUUACUGAAUUGUAUGACCUCGAUCCGAAUGUAUAUUUUAAAGAAAGAAAUGAAGACUUGAGAUGUUAA